UUAUAUUAAUAUCUAAGUUGUUUUUUUCUGCUGCCAGCUCUGCCCCCAGAUCACCUCUACUGAAGUAGGUAGAGACUCUUGAAUACAUAUUCUUGUGCAGCACUGGAACAGGUUUGAAAACAGACAUGAAUGGAGAAGCCAUAACAGCACAAAUACAACCCAUGCAUACUUUGCAAUAACAUGUAAAUGCCAUCCUAUUAUUUUGAAAUCUACAACUCUCCUAGAGCUGCGUCUGGUCUUCCUUUGCCAAGUCGUGCGUCCUUGGAAAACCCCUGCUGGCAGUUUGAUCUGUAUUCUCAUCAUCCAGACAGGCAGACAGGCUGAAGUGUCACGAACCGCUCCUCCUUCUGCUGCUCUAGUGAUGAGAGAGGAGGGAGGAGGGACUGAAUGAAGGAGAGGAGAGAGAGAGAGAGAGGAAAGGAGGAGCCAGGCUGUCAAGGUGAACCGAUAAACCUCUUUUUAUUACCCCUGUCGUCCAAAACACGACGCGCAGCUCCCCGGCAGGGAGGAGAGGAGAGGAGAGAGGAGGGGAGAUGAUCUGAACAGACGAGGGGAAGUGUUUUUUUAAAACCAUCGUUUGUUUUGUUAUUUUUACAAUAUUUUGGAGAUAAAACUUCAAUGGCUCGGAGCGCGUAAAUGAGUCAUCUUGUUGGAGACGCCAAAAGAAUUAAAAGGGCGGCGUGAGGCCGAGGAGUCCCGCCGGGAUCUGAGAGGGAAGAAUUCGGCGUCCCAGCGGUGUAGACGGACCCCCGACUCCGGUCCCCCGCAGCCCUGAAGGGGACCAGCGUUCUGACUCCACGUGGACGAACGUGUCCAACAGGGAUUCACACAUCACCUCCGGGUUUUUUUGGCGCUUCUGAUUGGACGCCGCCACACGCCUUUGUUUCCUCCUUUUUUAUUUAUUUUUUCCUCUUGGAAUUGAGGUUCUGCCUCAAAAAAUAAGGUGAUGAUUGCAAUUUUAUUUUCCAUCAGAAAAGAUGGGAACGUUUUCAGCCGCCACCACUGAGAGGGUGGAUUAUUGAGAGGAGCAGCUUGGAGCUUUCUGGAGAAUUGAAAUGGAUGUUUUGCUGCUUGUUGAAACACCCGUGAAGCUGCAGAGUUCAUCUGUAAUCUUGUGGAAUAACAGUGUGUGUUCAUCCUGGGAUUCAGACACAUUUCCAUGUAAAUGAGGAGCUGAUUUCUAAAACAUCUGGAAGGAUACAGAAGAUUUACAAACGGAAAGAAAGAUUUUAAGAUUUCCGAGUUUGGACCAGUAACUUUGAAAUAUCUAGAGACUUUAGCAAAUUAAUUUACCUAUAAUAUUAUCUAAAAAAAGCACAAGAUUUCCUUUGAUUCUUUGAUUCUUUUAAUGCAUUUGGUCGUGGUGCUCGUGGUGCAGCACGUUGCUCAUUUCCAGACACCUCAUUUGGACAAAAAUCAUAUUUUUUUACGCCCAGUUUCUGCCGUCACGCCUCGACAUUGUAACAUUCUGUGAUUUACAUCCAUUAAUCUCUAAACCAGGCGGAGAGAAUCAGUUGUGGUGAGACUACUACGCUGUCUCCAAGCCGAUUAACCUCUUCAUUAACUUUUGCCAUUUUGUGCACCUUCUCCUUCAUUUAAUAAGAAUGCUAAUAUAUAAGAUUACACAUUUUAUUGAGGAUGCUGCUUUUUAUUGACGGACAGCCCUUCAUAAACAGAAACAAGACUGGAACUGCAAAACGUCUAAUAUUCAGAAAAGCUGCAGAAUGUAACUGGAUUUCCUCGACAACUAUCUAUGUGAGCUGUUUUUAAGUGAAAUUAUUAACUUCUUCAGGCAAUUCUAAGGACCUUGGAUAUGAUUUUCUUGAUCAUUUCAACAAGAAAACAGAAGCCAUUUUAAUCUUGUUUCCAUUUUGUGAAGCAUUGAGUGAAUUUUUGAAGGAUGUCGUCACUUAAAAUUGACUUAAAUGAAUCAGUGUUCAAGUGAAGUGGCUGUACUGUCGUCGCCAGAGAAGCGAGCUCUGUUCGACUGCUGUUAACGACCUUUUAUCGCCUGCUUUUAUUGUAGUUCCCACCUUGGAUUACGGCCCGCAGGAUAGCAAUGUCAGCAUAUUAAUCUGCAAUUAGAAUUUGUCUUAUUGACCCCCAGAGGGACGAGAAACUUGCCAAGUUUCACGACGUCCAGAGGAUAACAGGACAUCCUGCGCAUCUGACAUCACCUCUCCCUGCGUCGGGGAGGAACCCUCAUUCUGUUCCGUCACCGCCAUGGUGAUGUCGCAGGGCACCUACACCUUCCUGGCCUGUUUCGCUGGCUUCUGGUUGGUCUGGGCCCUCAUCGUCAUGCUCUGCUGCUUCUGCAGCUUCCUGCAGCGCAGGCUGAAGCGCCGCCACGAUGAGCGGCUGAGGGAGCAGUGCCUGCGGACCGUAGAGAUGGAGCCGCUCAGCUGUCACCCUACAGGAUACCCGCCGCCUCUUCCUCCGCCGCCGCUUCCACCGCCACCUUUAACGCUGCCCAGGGAGCCACCGCAGUUCUGCCCUCCUCAGAUCCUGUCGCCGCCUCUUCCUCUGCAGGUUCCUCAUCCCAUGCCCCAAGCGAACUGGAUCAGCAUGCCAGACACAGACAUAUUCGGGAAGCCGCCCUGCUACGAGGAGGCCGUUCUGAUGGAGGACCCUCCUCCGCCCUACAGCGAGGUCUUGGCCGACCCGCGGGGGGGCACCUACUUGAAGCCCGCCCCGCUCCGAGCCGCGCUACCACCGCCGCUGCCUCCGCCUCUCAGGGAACACCAGGAUCCGCCUCCGGUGUUCACGUCCGAGACCAGCAAGCCUCCCGUGUUCCCUGAGCGGGGCUACUCCUCCCUGAUACGCCUGCCAUCGUCCCAGCGCUGGGACUCGCUGGGUCACCUCCUGUCCAACAUGGACUUGAACCACAACAACCUCACCCCGCCGGGAGCACGCUCCAUCCAGGCUGCCGCCGCGAUGGCCACCAUGCCCCGGCGGGAGCCCAGGACUCACCAUGACGGACUUGGGCUCCGAGGUGGAAUACAAGGACUCCAAGGAAGCAUACAAGGACUCCAAGGAAGCAUACAAGGACUCCAAGGAGGCAUACAAGGAUUUCGUGGAGGGAUACAAGGACUCCAAGGGGGGUUCCAAGGAGGUUUCCAGGGUCUUCAGGGCGUGCAUGGACUAAGGGGACUCGAGCCCAGCUGUGGCCUGCCGACAGCCUUCCCUCUGCUGGGUCGUAGCACCGCCGUCUAGACCUGGAUGCUUACUGGAGGAGUCUAACUAACCAACACGUUGGUCCAUCUCUGAGGAGCCUUCAAGCAGGAGGUCUAUAAAGACAGACUUCCUGUCUAUAUGCCUCCUUCGCUGCUCCGUGUUAACAGCGCUAGUAGUAGAGAUUUAAUUCCCGGAAAGAGGGUCAAAGUGCAGCGAAACGGCGUUAAAAGGAGUUAAAUCCCGGUGCAGCUCUGUGGGCGAAAGGGGUGCCACUUUACUCUGCUGGGAUCGUGGCUUUUUCAGCUCUGUGUGCGAGCAAAAGAGGAAAUUACUCACCGUUUCACACCAGUGUUGUUGAGAGUUACAGUUUAACAGAAGCAUCCUGGUGUCAUAUUGAAGCUAAUUGAGUCGGGGUGAGAGAAAAGGACCCGGUAACGAGGUAAAAAAGGACGAGCUGUUUCUCAUCCAGACUCCCUUCAUUUUCGUGUCGCCCUCUCGUUCCGUUCAUCCCUCCUCUCGUCUCGCUCUGUGCCUGAGCAACCUAUUGUACCAGUCUGCCGUUGCCAUGGCUCCCGGGAACUGUCUGUUGCCCACGACGACCUCUCCUCUUUUAUCUGCUCUGAUUUUUUUGAAGACUCUGCUCACAGCUUGUCUCAUCUCAAGGGGCUGCGAGUCUUAAAAGAAACACGUGGUGACCCUUUUGUUUGUGACAUUAGAGCCGAAACAAAAGGUAAGGGCCACCAUAAGCGAACCAAGUAGAGUACUUGGAUUGCAUUUUGUAACAUGCUGCUUCGUUGUUUUCAAUGUCUUUACUACAAAACUCUGGAAGUCUGGGCGCUAUCGGUGGUCUCAGGACGGCGUCAGCUGGGUGGAAAAAACAUUUUUCAUGUAUAAAUUUACUAAGAUUCUUUUAAGCUUUGUGACAAAUGCCUUUUUUCUCUUGUGAAAUAAAAACAUCUUCACCUGCUAGGCUUCUUCCAAUAAUUGAUGGAGUUAAUGAAAGCCAAACUGGUUACUGCAGUAUAAGAUUAAAUAUUGGAUCCCUCCCUCUGGAGCAUCUUGAAAUCAAAAUUAAAGCCAUUAAUUUUCA